UGAGAAAGCUGGUGACAAUCGAGCUUGAAGACCUAGCUCUUCAUCUGGGAGAAGGGAACAAGGCGUUUUGAAAAGCCCUCGCGUGUGAAGGACGGAUUGGAAGAGGGAAAGUAAUGAGCUGUAAAGACCACGAUCUUCGUGGAGAGCGGUGACAGGAGGCUGGAGGAAAGUGGGUGACUUCCAGAGACAUUAAGGAGACGAAUUAAGACGGUAGAUGGGCAGCACCCAGGCCCCGGCUUCCAGUGACCUCAGCGGUCACGGGAGAAUAAAAGCAGCCCCGUUGAUGACUGAAAAUGACAAAGCAUCCACCUAACAGACGAGGAAUCAGCUUUGAAGUGGGAGCCCAGUUGGAAGCUCGGGACCGUUUAAAGAACUGGUAUCCAGCUCACAUUGAAGACAUUGACUACGAAGAAGGGAAAGUUCUCAUCCAUUUCAAGCGUUGGAACCAUCGUUAUGAUGAGUGGUUUUGCUGGGACAGUCCUUAUCUCCGCCCUUUAGAGAAAAUACAGCUGAGGAAAGAGGGCUUACAUGAAGAGGAUGGAUCUUCUGAAUUUCAAAUAAACGAGCAAGUGCUUGCUUGCUGGUCUGACUGUCGAUUUUAUCCAGCUAAAGUCACUGCUGUGAACAAGGAUGGUACUUACACUGUGAAAUUUUAUGAUGGAGUAGUUCAAACUGUCAAACAUAUUCAUGUCAAAGCUUUUUCCAAAGAUCAGAAUAUUGUGGGUAAUGCUAGGCCUAAAGAAACAGAUCACAAAAGUCUUUCAUCGUCUUCUGAGAAACGAGAGAAGUUUAAAGAGCAGAGAAAAGCCACUGUCAACGUGAAGAAAGACAAAGCAGAAAAACCUUUAAAGACAGAGAAGCGGCCCAAACAGCCUGACAGAGAAGGAAAGCUGACCUGCACAGAGAAGGGCAAAGUGUCUGAGAAAAGCCUUCCCAAGAACGAGAAAGAAGAUAAGGAGAACAUUUCGGGGAAUGACAGGGAGUACUCUGGGGAUGUCCAGGUGGAAAAGAAGCCUGAAAAUGACCUUGUGAAGAGUCCACAAGAGAACCUGAAGGAGCCAAAAAGAAAACGAGGCAGACCCCCUUCCAUAGCUCCUACUGCUGUAGACUCAAACUCUCAAACUUUGCAACCAAUAACAUUGGAGUUGAGAAGACGGAAAAUAUCAAAAGGAAGUGACAUCCCAUUAAAACGUUCCCGACUUGACAAAAAUUCAUCCCAGGAACAGCCCAAAAAUCGUUCUGAAAACAGUGACAAAGACUUGUCCAGGAGACGGUCCUCCAGGCUGUCCACUAAUGGGACCCAUGAGACCCUAGAUCCCGACUCGGUUGUACCAGAUCUGGUUCAUACGGUUGAUACGAAUCCUCUACAAGACAGGUCACCCAGUGCCAAGGAAUCUGCCGAAGGUCAGUUGAAAACUCCAUUGGAAGCUGGCCAGGUCUCAUCUGCAUUAACUUGCCAUUCCUUUGGGGAUGGACUGGGAGCUGCAGACUUGGAGUUGAACUGCAAGUCAAUGGGAGAAAACACUAUGAAAACAGAACCGGUAUCUCCUCUUGCUGAGGCACAAGAGGUUUCGACUGUUGAAGUUCCAAGUACUUUGAAGAAAACAGAUGACUUUGUGACAGUGAAUGUGCCAGCUGUGGACCUAGACCACAAGUUUCGAUGCAAGGUUGUGGACUGUUUGAAAUUUUUCCGCAAAGCUAAACUGCUGCACUAUCAUAUGAAGUACUUCCAUGGAAUGGAGAAAUCACCAGAGCCAGAGGAAAGCCCAGGGAAGAGGCAUGUGCAAACUCGGGGCUCUGUAGUGCCUGACAAGGCUGGCCAGGAGAGCCUGACCAGGAAGCGGGUCUCUGCCAGCUCCCCAACUGCAAAGGAGAAGGAAAAGAAUAAAGAGAAGAAAUUCAAAGAGCUUGUGCGAGUGAAGCCAAAGAAGAAGAAGAAAAAGAAAAAGAAAACCAAGCCUGAAUGUCCCUGCAGUGAAGACAUCAGCGACACCUCCCAGGAACCUUCUCCACCCAAAGCAUUUGCGGUCACCAGGUGUGGGUCCUCACACAAGCCAGGGGUCCAUAUGAGCCCGCAGCUCCAUGCUUCAGAUAAUGGAAACCAUAAAGGGAAACUGAAAGCAUGUGAGGAGGAUAAUUUGAGCGAGUCCUCUUCCGAGAGCUUUCUUUGGAGUGAUGAAGAAUUUGGUCCAGAUGUCGAUGUGACCACCAACCCAGAUGAGGAGCUUGAUGCUGACGACCGCUAUGACUUUGAGGUGGUCCGAUGCAUCUGUGAAGUCCAAGAGGAAAAUGACUUCAUGAUUCAGUGUGAAGAAUGCCAGUGCUGGCAGCACGGGGUCUGCAUGGGACUGCUGGAAGAAAAUGUGCCUGAAAAAUACACCUGUUACAUCUGCCAAGACCCUCCAGGUCAGAGGCCUGGCUUCAAGUACUGGUAUGACAAGGAGUGGUUGAGCCGGGGGCAUAUGCACGGCCUGGCAUUUCUAGAAGAGAACUACUCCCAUCAGAAUGCCAAGAAGAUUGUGGCCACCCACCAGCUUCUCGGUGAUGUGCAGAGAGUGAUCGAGGUGCUUCACGGCUUGCAGCUCAAGAUGAGCAUCUUGCAAAGCAGGGAGCACCCUGAUCUGCAGCUGUGGUGCCAGCCCUGGAAACAGCAGCCUGCGGAGGGGAGAGUGCAUUCCAGACACAUCCACAUCACAGACACCAGGAGCAAAGAGGAAUCCCUAAGCUAUAGAACUUUGAAUGGGGCGGUGGAGAAGCCCUUGCCCCUGCCGCGGUCUGUGGAGGAGUCCUAUAUCACCAGUGAGCACUGCUACCAGAAGCCCCGCACCUACUACCCAGCUGUGGAACAGAAGCUGGUAGUCGAGACCAGAGGAUCUGCCCUGGAUGAUGCAGUCAACCCCCUCUGUGAGAAUGGUGACGAUCCCCUCUCCCCACGCCUAGGUUGGCCUCUUGACCAAGAAAGGAUCAGAGGAGACAGUGAUCCUAAACCUAGUUCCCCAAAGGUGAAGGAAUACAUUUCCAAGAAGGUCCUGCCGGAAGAAGCCCCUGCUCGGAAGCUGCUGGACAGAGGCGGAGAAGGGCUGGUGAGCUCGCAGCACCAGUGGCAGUUUAACCUGCUGACACAUGUGGAGUCUCUUCAGGAUGAAGUAACGCAUCGGAUGGACUCCAUUGAGAAGGAGCUGGAUGUGCUGGAGAGCUGGCUGGACUACACUGGGGAACUGGAGCCCCCAGAGCCGCUGGCCAGGCUUCCACAGCUCAAGCAUUGCAUCAAGCAGCUGCUGACUGACCUGGGCAAGGUGCAGCAGAUUGCCCUCUGCUGCUCGACAUGAGAUUGAGCACCCAAGACCAUUGGAGCACAGUCCUGGCAUGUCUGCUGGGGGAGCUUCGCAUAUUUAAAUAAACUUAGCAUGCUGAAUGCACGUGACACUGACUGACUUCAGGGAUUUGGCCAGGAGUGUGAUGGACACUGGGACAAAGAGACCAUUUUGGCUGCUGGAGGACAGGGCACUCGUGAUCUGGAAGCCGACCACGAAGGCAGCGCGUAGUCUUAGAACCCUCUUCUGUGCACAUCGUUGAACGAAGCGAGUCUUUGCACAUCUUCACUUGGAAUCGUGCCACUGGUGAUAAAUGGAAUGAGAGCCAAAAAAAAAAAAAAAAUCUAGUUGGAAACAGUUGUAAAUUCAAAUUGCAGUUUAUUUAAUUGACUUUUGGGUCAGGUUGAGGCAUGUGCCAACCCCUCUGGUUUCUCUGCCUGGUGUGGUAUUUAAAUGGGCAGCAGAUACCAUUUUCAUCUUUCAGCUUCAUUGGAAUGUUGGGACUUGACUAUCGUGCAGUUUGGGAAGGAGGAGCAGGGGCCCUGAGGGCACUGCUUCCUCAAGACUUCAUUUUCUUGCCACGUCUCUUGCAUGAUUUCACGGUACCGGGGACAAGGUUUUAUGUUGUUAUUUAGCCCAGAGUUGGUUGGGCCAUGACUUUGGCAGCCAAGCCGAAACUGCUGAAGGAGAACUAGAAUCUUGCUGCAAAGAGAAUCUACAAGGAGUCCCAGAAGGAAGCAGGCAGGGUCUGGAACCCAAAGGACAGCAUUUUUUACACACGUAUUAAUUCCAACAACUUCCCACUUCUGUUUAAAGUUUAAAAAAAUUCCCAAGAUUUUGAACUUUUGCUGUAAAGAUUUGUUACAAAGAACGUGGGUAUUACCUUGUUUUAUAUUGUCGUCAGCAACUUGAGAAUCUGUGUGCCGCUGCCUCCUCCUGGGAGGCUAGUGUGGUAGCUGGCAUUUCCAGAGUUGCUGAUGCACUUUAACACUUUCAAUUUCCUGUUUGUAUUACUUGUGAGAUCAAGGUGAUUAUGCUGCUUAAGGUCCAGGUACAACCUGUUUGUACCUUCAGAGAGAAUAUUUGUGUUAUUUUGCAGGUUCUGGUUCUAUGUGUAAUUGCUAUAUUGUUUUGUUUUACCUUACUAGGCCAAGUUUAAAAGGUUCCAUGCUUUGAGGACUUCAUUUAACCAGUUUUUUGCAUCACUAAAGGCAAAUAUCAAAGUACCUUUAUCCAUCAGUACCCACAGGUUCAUCAUGAGUUUUGGAAUCUGUAAUGUUUUAGGCGGCAAAUAUUUACUGUGUAAACAUCAAGGAACCAGUGUCAGUAGCUAGUAGUAGCAGCAUCUUCAGCUGCCUUGGGAAUGGUUCAGCUUCAGGCAUAACAGGUCAUUGUGGCCUCGGAAUUGAGGCCUGUGUACAAAGAAGUUUCAUGGAAUGAAUGCCCUGUCCAAUGAUUUGUUCACCAUCUGCUAUAAAAUGAGCUGCAGGGCAAGCAUGAGUUGACCUGGCAUAGCUUGGGGAGUGUGUAACGCAUAAUGAAGCAAACACAGUCCCUUAUUAAAGGCUGCUUCCCACUGCUAACAUGUUUCUGUUGUGGGAAGAAAUGCUCCAGGAGUCCAUGUGACAUCGGUGUUUUGGAUAAUUUAUUAAUAACUGCAUCUUGAGAACUGGAUGAUGAUUGUCAGAAAGGGGAAGAACCAAGAUAAUUUUCUAUAGCUACAACUGUGUGAGGUAUGAAGAUUGUUACAUUAGAUAUUAGGGGCCAGAGAGAUGCCUCAGUUGGUAAAGGUGCUUGCCACCAAGCCUGCUGACCUGAGUUCAAUCCCCAGGACCCACAUAGUAGAGAAUUGACACCUUAAAGUUGUCCUCUGACACACAUUUACAUAAUAGACAAAUGUAAUAAAGGUUUUUAAAUUACGGUUUUUCUUUUAUGUAACUACCCUUGAUUAUCACAUCUGGGGAAGCUGUAACUUUGAAGGCAGUUUCGUGUCUUGUUCAAAGUUAAAAGCAGACACUGAAUGAUCCUAAUUUUGCCAUAUGGUCAUUUCUGGGUUUAUCAUUUAGGUUUUGUGAAGGAAGUAAUCUGGUUGCAUUGUGAUUUUUGUUGGUAGGGAAGCAAAGCAGACUCCCCAUGUUCUGAUAACCUCAGUUCUUCCCUAACCUAAAGCCAUGUUGAGGGGCUCCACUCCAAAUUCCUGGGUCACAGUGAAUUAACCCCUAAGUUGGAGCACUGGAAUCUGUCCUUUGCAAACAAUGCUGAUAGCAUUUAGAAACAUGUGCACUACCUAAGUUCUGUCUGUUAAGAAAAAACUAUCCACCUAUGGAAGGUCGCCUUGACACAGCAGUUCUAGUUUGAUCAGUCAUUUGUUUAAGUAUGUAAGGUGGAUCCUGGCUGAGCCAGCAUUGCACUGUGGAUAUGUAUCUGUGUUUACGAACUAUUAGACAGAGGGUACUGUACAUAGGAGUGUUGCUUUCAAGCAAUAUGUGCAAAACAUGCAAACUUCUGUAUCUGGAAAAAAAUAAAACAGGUUCUUGUUGCUAUGA